AAUUGAUGAUAUCAGAUGAGAAUAAGUCCAUCAAUCGAUUGCUCUGUGUUUGACUCUGCUGUCUGGAAGCGAUCGAUGCUUUCCGGUUUGACGAGUACAGUCUUCUGAGCGGUGCAUGGCUGAGUUGUGGAGCUUCACAACGAUUUAAAGCUGACAGGCAGCCAGCAUGGGUCGGCGCUCGUCUGAUAGUGAGGAUGACAGUCGGAGCAGGAGGAAGAGAAAACAGCGUCGCCGUUCAUCCUCCUCUUCCUCGUCUUCGUCUUCAUCCUCCGGAAGCAGGGUGACCAGCAGCCGGAGCCGGAGGUCCAGUCGCCGGAGCCGUUCUCGCUCCAGAGACAGGGACAAAGACAGGAGGAGAAGAAGACGUUCCAGCAGCAGUUCGUCCCACAGUUCAUCUCGCAGGAGGAGGAGUCGCAGUGCAGAGAGAGACAAAGGGAGGAGCCACCGCUCACACCGGUCACGCAGCCGAGACAGGAGGUCUCAUUCUCGCCACCGGCGGUCUCGCAGUAGGAACGGCAGCCGUAGCCGGCGAGGUACCCACAGCCGCAAAAAGAGCCGCAGCCACAGCAGAGAGCGGGACCGGAGCCGGCGCAAGGGCCGCGACCGGGAGAGGGAGAAAGACAAGGAGAGGGACAGAGGAAGAGACAGAGAGAAGGACAAGAGUAGAGACAAGGCAGACAAAAAGGGGGACGCCGGGAACAUCAAAGGCAGAUUAGAACAUCUGACUCCAGCAGAACAGGCUAAAGUUCGAAUGCAUAUGAUCCUGCAGGCUGCCGCUAAGACGGACGAGGUGCUGAAGGCUAAAGUAGCCAAGAGAGAGGAGGAGGCCCGGAAGAAACUGGAGGACGAGGGAACUUCUCUGGAGGAGCAAGUGCGAAGGAUAAAGGACAUUGAGGCCAUCGAGAGUGAUUCCUUUGUUCCUCAGGCUUUCAAAUCAUCCAGGGAUGAUAUAAAGACUGAGCCAGCCGAAGUGAAGCUGGAGUCAGAGAGGGCAGAUUCUCUGGACGUCACUCUUCCCAUCUCCAUAGUCUACAAUGACAGUGACACACUCGCCCAUCCCAGUUUGUUCAUGGACAAGGAGAAGGCUGAGGAGCUGUGGCUCAGCAGACUGAUCUCGCUGCGGCAGGAGAGGCUCAUGGGAAGUCCUGUGACCUAAAGGACACCGGAAACCCAGAAGACCCUUCCUGUUCCCAGGGCAGUUUCAGUUGCUUUUAUUGUGUCUGUCUUGUUUUAGGACAUCACAACGUUUCUUACUUUAUCCAUUACCUAUUGUAAAAACUUAAGAAAAUGAGCAAUUUUUUGGUCCUGAUGUGCUUAUUAUUUUAUUAAUGUUAAUGUAAUUCAAUUAAACAAUCUGCUGUUCUUUAUUUGGCUUCAUUUAUUUUUAAUGAAGGAAGGAAGAUCUUAUUGUCAGAUAAGGUGAUCUGUUUUAUCAUGUACAAGUAGCAUUUGAUAUAUUUUGUCUUUUGUAAUCAACUCGGUAAAUAAAGAUAGCUGUGAUUUUUUGGAGUGAAA